GUAUUCAAAAUGAUACAUCAUCAGCCGACGAAGUAUCAUCAUGCAAACCCACUAACACACUUCCUGAAUCUUCACACAUCACACGCAACAGCGGCCGCUGCAGCAGCUCUGGCACUGGCUACCGACAGCUUAGGGCAUGGGCACGGUCAUCAUGUUCAUCAGCAAAUAGGACCGGGAGUGGUCGACCCUCAGCAACAUUUGCAUUCGGUAGUAAAUGCUCCAGCAUCUCACCAACCGCUUCAGAACAGUCAUCAUCAGCCACGACGCACAGAGGGAUCUCGAAAUAGUCUCAGCAGGGCGGGACAUCGUGCCAGAUCUUCCCAAGGUUCCCGAACGGACGAGGAGGAGGAACAGGAUGAGAGUAGCAAUGAUAAAAGCUUUCUUGGGGAACUAGGGGCACAUGAGCUUAAGAACGAGGCGUUCGAUUCAACGGCGGAAAUGUGUCAAGUAGAAGGUGGCAGUGAGUCGGAGAACAAUAUCGACAUCGAUGUUGACGAUCCUGAUCCACGUGCGACUGAAGGCCACACGUCUCAGUGUGUUAGAAACGAACGAAAUGCGACGGACAGCGUGACGGAAUCGGAUACGCUAAAGAGGAGGCCGUCUGUCAGUGAGCAGGAAGAUAACGAAGACGAGGAAAUCGUUAUCGAUGUCAAGAGUACACGCAAAGAAUCUCAGGAAAUGGAUCCAACGGACCGUAGGGCAUGUGCAAGCCCUUGCAACGAAUCCGCCACAGCCGUGCUCGAUACGGACAGCUUCGUGGGGAAAUCAUUUACGAUCGCGGCCAUUUUGGGGUUGCGGAAGAAACAGGAUGAGGCGGCGGCAGCUGCAGCAGCAGUUGCCAGUGAGUACAAUGACGGUGUAAUGAACCUUUCCACCGGUGCUGGAUUCCAACAGCAGCAACGCGUUGCUGCAGCGGCCGUAGCAGCUGCUGCAAUGGGACGUUUGCCGCUCGUAAUGGCGGCGGCAGCUGCCGGCAUGGAGAAACGCGACCGUGCCGAUAGUGUGGACAGCGUGGAUACAUGUGGCGGACCACUCGGUUACGGUGCCCAGCAACCACCGGGCAGCGUUGCAGGAAACGGUCCAUUAACCGCACUGCAAAACCUUCAUCAACUACCCGCAUUGCAUGGUGCUGUUGGUGGUAGUUUUGCCGGUUUUCAUCCAUCCGGUGGAGGUGCCGGCAGUGGGCACCCAGCAGUACAUCAACAACCGCAUCUGCAAGGUCAUCAUCCGCAUCAACACCAUCAUCAUCACCAACAUCAUCCGCUGCAUCAUCAGGUCAGUCCACACUUUGCUGCUCAUCAUCACUUCCAUCACCACCAGAGUCAGCAACAGCAGGUAGCCCAACAUCAACAGCAGCCGUCGCAACAGCAGCUUCAGCAACAUGCAGCAGCACACCAACAACAAAUUGCCGCGGGACAUCAUAUGUCGCUUGGACCACAUGCGCACCAUGGACAGAACCAUAAUAGGGAAAAGUUUAAAGAAUUAGGUAAGAAAACAGCAUUGUCCUCAUCGGCGGCAUCACUCAAAAGUAAACGUGUACGUACGAUAUUUACGCCCGAGCAGCUGGAACGUCUUGAGGCUGAGUUCGAACGUCAACAGUACAUGGUGGGCCCGGAACGUCUAUACCUAGCUCACACGCUCCAGCUAACGGAGGCACAGGUUAAGGUAUGGUUCCAGAACCGGCGAAUCAAAUGGCGCAAACAUCAUCUGGAAAUAACGCAGCAGCGGUUAGCGUUGAUACGCCAGCGACAGAUAGCUAGUGGAGUUCCUAUUCCUGCGGGCGAUGGGCAGCCCCAUCACGCACAGCAACAACCGCAGCAACAACUUCAGCAACAGCUGCAGCAAAGUGGAAUGAGUGGUGGUCGCAUACUGAAUACGAUCGAUUCUCCCGAGCUAACGAUAUGUACCGAUUCGAUGGAAGCGCGCAGUAUCAGUGAUGGAGACGAUUAG